AUGACAGACACGACCAAAUUAGGGAAAAUAUUCAUUGGCGGACUGUCAUACGAGACAACGGACGAAAAGCUUCGGUCGUACUUUGGAGCUUAUGGCACAGUGACGGAUGCUGUAGUGAUGAAGGAUCCGAUUUCUAGACGAUCACGAGGCUUUGGCUUUAUUACGUAUACAGACCCUUUGUGUGUUGAUAGGGCAUUGACACAGUCUAACCACGUUCUAGACGGCCGUAGAGUUGAAGCUAAGCGUGCCGUUCCACGAGCAGAGAGUAUGCGCGAAACCGGGAUUUCUUUGUCGUACAGUCGUGGUAGCGCUCCCAAUUCAGUAUCAAGCAUUUGUACGGACAAUGCUGUUGGCGCCACGAAAAAAAUAUUCGUGGGUGGCCUACAUUAUGAAACAAAAGAUGCGGACUUUAAAAAGUAUUUUAUGCAGUAUGGCAAAGUGGUGUCGGCUGAAGUGAUGUUCAAUCGUGAGACAAACAAGUCGCGUGGAUUUGGUUUUGUCAUUUUUGAAAGCGAGGCCAGUGUUGAGCUGGUGUUGCAGGACAAGAAUCACGUGAUCGAUGGUAAGUCCGUCGAGGUUAAGCGCGCUGUCCCGCGUACGGACGUUCCUCCUCCGCGAUCAGUCUCGUCCCGUGGAGACUCUUUUAGUGGUCCGUCAGGACCUGGCUCUGUGGGAAGUAUGGACGACAUAAACUCUGCGACAACGCCGCCAGUGUCGCUUUCUGGUAGUGUACCGUCCGCUAGUGGCCUCACCGCUGCUAUGGGAUCAGAGAAAGUAAGCCGGACUUCGGCUCCGGCUAAUCUUAUGCCUAAUGGCAUGCUCGGGGGCUACGCUGCCGCUGUUCGUUAUGGUGGUCGAGGAGUACCAAAGACCUCCAGCUCCAAUGGCAUGCUUUCGUCAUGCUCACAGACAUCUCCCCGACUACUGUCCGGCGACACCAGGAGCAUCAGCAAUGGCAUCAACCUUGGAACACCCACGAUCGGUGGUGUUGCAGAUGCGUUGUGCAGUCUCGUGCUUGGUGAUGGAGUCUCGUCCCGCAGUGGUGGUUUUAUUGCUGCUUCUCCGCCAUUGUCAGCAUGCUCGUCGUCGCGUGGAUCGUCGGACUACCCAGUUGACUCGGCUUCGGUGUCAGGUACAAACGGACACUUGUCGCCAUUGGACGUUGCUCUUCGCCGUCUUGACAGCGACCCAGUAAUUGAGCAGUGGAAGUUGUCUCCUAGCUCAGGCCCGCAACGCGCCUCGGACGCCCCUCUUACCUUGCAUUCUGAGCCGAGUUACCUUCCACAUGGACUAACGAACGAUAGCACGGAAUCGGUUUCAAACUUAUCGUGGCAAGCGGCAUCUUGGCAGCAGCAAUCGUGGGGCUCUCCGCCGUUGCCGCGGGGUCAACAACAACAGCAGCAACCCUCAUUGCCUCCUGCUCCAGCACCAUUAUUUUCGAUGUUUUCAAAUCAGCUUAGCAGUGGUCCUCCUCUUCAUGGUUCGAGCGCGUGGCACGCUAAUGCAGACAGGGGAUACGUAAACAACGAAGCUACUGUCAACCCCGACGGCGACGGUUUCGGUAACGGGAUGAUGGGUAUGGGCCUGUCUAUCGACGGUGGGUUUGGUGGUAAUGGCGUUGGUCAUGGUACAUUCGGAAUGCAUGCAGAGAACGGUAACAGUACACCCUACCGAUCGUUGGGUGGAUUUUUGCAGCAAGAUUAUCGUCCCUCCGAUCAGCAGCAACAACGUGAGACUAUGGUCGCUGAAAACUCAGCGUCGUAUGGACGGAUGAUGAGCCGCGAGGUACCGCCUGAUGCAGACGAAUUGCGCAAGGAUGCAUUAUCUUUGGUGUACGAUUUGCCGCCUUCUGCAACAGAGUUUCACCAGCAGUUCAGAUAG